AACACCUUCCUUCGAAACAAAAAACUUCGAUGCUACACAACACACUCAAAUUCAGCCUCCAAGUCUAAGCCUCUCAACUCUCAUCCCUUCCUCCACCCCAUCUUGCGUUGGAGACAAGGGGACAACAAGGCAUUAAUUACUUCAGGACACAAAACACUGGGUCAGUUCUACCAGGGAAAUUCAAAUGACGGGUCUGGUAAUGGUGACCAGGGGAGGGGGCUGCGCUGGCGGUGGAAAUAGUAAGAGGACCAAAGGAGACAGGAAGAGUGAAGAAGAGCAGAACCAGGUAUCCAUUUUGGAGGUUUUCUUGGCUGCAUUGAGGAAAUCUAUGGUUUCUUGCCGUGUAGAUAGACAGGACCAUGAUGGGAUUUCCACCGUUCACCACAUGGAAAUCGGCUGGCCUACCAACGUCCGGCAUUUAACCCAUGUCACGUUUGAUCGGUUCAAUGGGUUUCUGGGUCUUCCUGUUGAGUUCGAAGUGGAGAUCCCAUGUCGAGUUCCCAGUGCUAGUGCUAGUGUGUUUGGUGUCUCUGCAGAAUCAAUGCAGUGCUCUUAUGAUUCUAAAGGAAAUAGUGUCCCUACUAUUCUAUUGCUGAUGCAAGAGCGAUUAUACGCACAAGGAGGCCUAAAGGCAGAAGGGAUUUUUAGGAUAAAUCCGGAGAAUAGCCAAGAGGAGCAUGUAAGGGACCAGCUCAACAGGGGCAUUGUUCCAGAUAACAUUGACGUCCAUUGUCUUGCAGGCCUUAUAAAAGCCUGGUUUCGGGAGCUUCCUUCAGGUGUGCUGGAUGGCCUUUCACCAGAAGAGGUUCUUCAAUGCAAUACAGAAGAGGAAUCUGUUGAGCUUGUGAAGCAGCUUAAGCCUACAGAAGCUGCACUGCUGAAUUGGGCAGUUGACCUUAUGGCUGAUGUUGUAGAGGAAGAGGAAUCGAACAAAAUGAAUGCAAGAAAUAUUGCCAUGGUUUUUGCUCCAAAUAUGACUCAGAUGUCUGAUCCAUUAACGGCAUUGAUGCAUGCUGUCCAAGUUAUGAACUUGCUCAAGACCUUGAUCAUCAAAACGUUAAGGGAGCGUGAAGAGACUGCAAGUGGAGGAUGUUCACCUAUGUCAUCACAUCUCUCUGAUGAACAAACAGAUGAAGAGUUUGAUAGCCAGCAAGAAAUGGAUACCAGCUGUGAGUUGAGAGGCCCCACACCCGAUCAUGACCAUGCCCGUUACUGCAACAUUAGUGAAGAUGAUGAUGAAGUUGAGUCAGUAGGGGAGAUGGAAGAAUGCUUCUUGAGGCAGCUUGAUGACAGUAAGAAUGUUACAAAUAGUUUCCCGGAGGUAUCAUCUGGUGAGCAACAGCAGAUAAAUCAGGCAAGCCCCAGAAGUUCUUCAGCAUUCAAUGUUGAAUCUGGCAUUUCACUCAUAGAGAACAAGAAUGAGAACUAUGGUUUAAGUACAAGAUAUGGAGAAGACUCAGGGGCAAGCCAUGGCCCAAACACUCAGAAUCAUGUUCUUCCUAUGAAGAACCUGUCGAAAAGAGGUGGAAACAACAACGAUAUGGAGAUGGUAGACAAAUUAGUGGAGUCCAUUGCUCCAAGAGACUUAUAUCCGCCCAUUGUUCCAAAAGACUUGUAUCCGCCCACUCUUGCUCUCUGACUAGUGUCUCAAAAUCUCACAUCGUUGAUAGACUACUUGCAUUUGGUUUCACCCUCUGCCACAAUCGUAGUUGCUUCUGUACAUCGAUACCAUCUUUUGAUCUGAUUGAAACUAGUAGGGUAGGAGUGUUUGCCUUUGGCAGAUUAUGCCUUGUGUCAUUGUUCAGCAAGGGCUGAACUUGUGCUUGUUCUGUACGUCGUCUUGGUUGUCAUAGAUCAUUUCUAACCUUAGACUUGUUGAAGAUUGGAGCUAGUCAUUGCCAUUAGUCCAGUCUCAUACGUCAAUCUAUGCAGCUUUAGAUUAAAGCUGUAGUUGCUUUGUUUGCUUGAUUUCUAGAACAGAGGUUGUUCCUGUAAACAGAAGUUAUAUCCCAUUUGUUAUGGGGUAAGUGACUAAAUGCAUGUGUUGUCA